UCAGGACAAUAUAAAAGGAACAUGAGAGGCUGUGGGGAUGACAGAGCAAGAGCUGGAAACAAACAUCAGUGAAGAAUGAAGGCUUUAGUAUGUAUACUGCUGCUGUUGGAAACCUUUGUGUUUGUCGUCCAGCAGCAGGUAGAUGGAGGACUCAAUGAGAAUGAGAUCAGUCAACAGAUCAGCUCUGAGGACGGAAGACAGAAUCCACCUCAAACAGACACUUUGAGAGCUGAAGCUUCAACUGACAGCCAACAAUACUGCAAUCUGGGCUUCCUUGACAUCCAUGCAGCACUGAGAGAACUGACCGCCACCGUUACAGAGCAGAAAGCAAACAUCAGAGAACUGACCGCCACCGUUACAGAGCAGAAAGCAAACAUCAGAGAACUGACCACCACGGAUACAGAGCAGAAAGCAAACAUCAGAGAACUGACCGCCACCGUUACAGAGCAGAAAGCAAACAUCAGAGAACUGACCACCACGGAUACAGAGCAGAAAGAAAACAUCAGAGAACUGACCGCCACCGUUACAGAGCAGAAAGAAAACAUCAGAGCUUUAGAGAUGCAACACAAGUUUAUCCUGGAAGAGCUGAACAAGAAAAAUGAUGAAAUUUCAAAUCUUACUCUGAGUCAAGUGGAGUUGAGAAAGGAAAAUAGAGACAGAGAAAUAGCUUUUUCAGCUGCACUGAUGCAAUCUGGCGGUGGAUAUAUUGGUCCUUUUACCACUGAAAUCACACUAACCUACAGGAACGUCAUCACAAACAUAGGGAACGCCUACAACCCAAUUACAGGUAUUUUCACAGCCCCACUGAAAGGAGCCUACAUGUUCAGAAUCAAUGUACAUGGUCAUGGUCCAACUCCAUCAGGUGCCUCCAUUUAUAAGAAUGGAGAGAAGGUGGUUAUAGCAUAUGCUUAUCAGGCUCAGAAUGAUUUAAACUCCUCUAAUGGAGUUGUGUUGAUCCUGGAGGUUGGAGAUGUUGUCUAUGUGAGACUUUGGCCUAACACAAGGAUAUUUGAUAACGAUCAGAACCCCAGCACUUUCAGUGGUUUCCUACUGUUUCCCUUAAGAUAACAGGAGCUUUGCAGAAUGAUUCCAAUAAUUCUGAAUUCACAAAGGCUGCGAUUCAAUUAAAAAAAUAUAUGCCCUGCCAUUUAAUAUAUGGGCUUUAAUUAUUUACAUGCGUGAAGCGUCUCAAACUCCAUCUCUGAGAGUUUGUGUUGCUUAUAACUUUCAUCUGGGCACCAUUUAAUCAGAUUUGUAACAUAAAUAAUUUAUAAACCAAAGCCAACACAGGAGAAUACAUCAGUGUGUUUCUAAAUAUGUAAACUGUUUAUCAUGAUUACAAAAUAAAAGUUUAAACCUGUUGCAUUUCUAUCGUAAAGAAGCGGCCAAAUAUUAAAGAUUAAGUGAACGUUUUAAUUAAAUGUCAUUUGACCAAUACUGAACAAGGAUUUAAUCUGCUGUAAAGUGUAACAAUCACCAGUCUAUUGGCGCCCUCUGCAGGCAUUUGUUUUAAUACAUAAUGUACAAAAGUUGAUUGUCUUUAUUAUGUACAUUAUAUUAUGUAUUUUAACAGUGUUGUUCUAUAAAACAAUAUGAUUACUUGAGUGUAUCUUGUUACUGAUUCUUGAUCUGUAUCUCUUCAUCCUACAGAAAUAAAUUAGAGAAUAAAGAGGCAUUGUGGUAUUUUCUUUUCCUCAUAUUUUCAUGAAUAUUUCCCCAACAAUACUUGCUUCGAGAGAUGCAUGAUUUAUUUAUCAGUCCUACCUGGAUUUUUGUGUGUGUGUGUGAUUUUUUUUUUUUUUUUUGCAAUCAAAAUGUCUGACUUUGGCAAUUUCCAGAUUUGUUUAUGAUUUAUUUAUAAUUAGGACACCACAUUUACCAGACUAUGUAUUAUUGCUUACAAAAAUGUCCUGUUGUAUUCCAUGCAAUAAAACAUCAAGAGUACCAGACAAAACUGGUGUGGUAAUUGAGUCACUAGCCCCUCACUGCAGAACAUGAGAUCCAGGGGCCGAGGUUAGAUCCAGAUCCAACUCCUCCCACUUUACAUAUCCCUAAACCUACCCAUCUCCACCCCCUGGAUCUGGAUCCUGGUCCAGAUGUUCUGCAGUGAGGGGCUAGUGCUUAAUUGUGUUAUAUUUUUGUAGUAUUGUGUGGUAUUCCUGUAACCCUUUAUUUCUAGAAUAUUAUGGUAACAUUAUAUGAUAUUCCUGCAAGAAAAGUGUUGUUUGUCCAUGAUAAACCUGUGAUAUUACUUACAUACUAGUCAUAAUCUGAAAACAUAUGUAGUACACAUGCAAGACAAGGCUUUAGUGAUCACAAGUUAAUAUUCAAGGUAAACUGCUACGGGAGGUCAUCAUGUUAGAAUGUGACAGACCAUAUACACUUGUGUUAUUACAUUUUAACAUUUAUUCACAACACAUGUGGUAGGGUGAUUGGGACACUUUUUGCCAUUGAGAUGACUUGGAAAAAGUGUCAACCUGAAUUCACCCUGUGUUCACACACAUCUUUAUUCCCUACAAACUAGGGUAAAAGCACAAUGACUCAAAGAAUGAAAAUGCAACUAUAUAUGAGACAAUACUUAAAUAAAAUGAAUACAUACUAUUGUCACUGAUCUUUCUCUCAUUUGAGAGUUUGUUGUGAGCUGCUUCUUUUAAUCAUCUUGAGUCCUCAUCAGGGAAAUCACAUCUCAUCUUUCCUGCGAGGGAAAACAUGACAGCUUAGCUGAAUGCCACUGCAUAGUUAAACAGAGGAAUAAAUGGUAAUGGGUCAUUGAAUUGAAAAAAAAAAAAAAAAAAUUUCAAUAAUUAUACAGUCCGUAGUCAUUUAUUCUAAUAAUACCACACAUACAUGCCUCAAGACAUUUUUAGGUGUAUGUCAAAACUUUUGUUUUCUGCAGAUUGCAGCCUUGUCCCUUACAGUCACACUGUUAUUCCCGGACUCCAUUUCCCAGAACUCUCUGCUCAUUAUUAGUUUAUCAGUUUCAGCUGUGUCUUUUUUAAACCAUGUCAUAUAAGGUGCGUUCACACGGCCUCGUAAUUCCUGUAGUUACGAGAUUCUAGCUUGUAAAAAGUGUUCACGUCCUCGUACAGCUCGCAAUUACAGCUUUUAAGCUGGGAGUUUUCUGAAAGCUCCCACAUGUACCACGUGGCCGCUGUACCACCUGACCACUGUAGAUUAAUAGGCGUUGAUAGUGGUGCCAUGGAAAUGCAUAAUUCCCAGUCCAAGGACGUGAACAGCUCCGAAUAUAACGUCACGUUUUAAUCUCAAGAUUCCAGUAAAUACGAGGUGGCGUGAACGCAGCAUUAUUUUAACCGAGCAAAGGAAUUGUACAGCGUACAGCAUGGGCCGUAAGCUCUGUAGUGGAUAUGAGUAUGAGUAAGGUAACAUAGAUCUGCAGUUGAAGACAUUAAAUACAUAAGCACAUAACACAAGACACUUCUCUUUAAAAAUAUAAAUGAGACUUUGAUUAUUCUAACACAAACUAAUAUCUAGCACA